AUGGACUUUGUCACGUUGAUUCCCAACGUUGAAAAGGUGGUUUUGGAUACUAGCUACUUGGAUAUCCAGUCCGUGUGUUUGGACGGUCAGGCUUUGAAGCAUACCGUGGAAGAACGCCACCCCAACCUGGGUUCCGCUUUAAUCAUUGAACUCCCGGCUCCCAUCGCUGCUGCUGAUACCAAGUUCCAGCUCAAGAUUGAUUAUUCCACCACUGAAAAGUGCACAGCUGUGCAAUUCUUGGAGCCAGAACAAACCGUCGGCAAGAAGCAUCCUUAUUUGUUCUCUCAAUGUCAGAGUAUUCACGCUCGUGCUUUUACGCCUUGCCAAGAUUCGCCUUCGGUGAAAUUGACCUACUCUGCCGCCGUCACGUCGCCUCUUCGUGUCAUCAUGUCGGCCUUGCAGACUUCUUCUGAUGCCGGUGCAGAUGGCAUGACCACGUAUCGAUUUGAACAACGUACGACCAUUCCCAGUUACUUGAUUGCCAUUGCUGCCGGUAACUUGACGGGACGUGAAAUCGGCCCUCGUAGCACCGACACUGAGAAAUUCAUUGCCAUUGGUGAAGAGUUGUUGACACCCUAUGAAUGGGGACGUUACGAUUUGUUGGUGCUUCCGCCUUCGUUCCCAUACGGUGGCAUGGAGAAUCCCUGCUUGACCUUUGUUACACCAACAUUGUUGGCUGGUGAUAAGAGUGCCGUGGAUGUCGUGGCUCAUGAGAUCUCACACAGCUGGAUGGGCAACUUGGUCACCACCUUGAACUGGCAACAUUUCUGGCUCAAUGAAGGCUGGACCGUGUUUACCGAACGCAAGAUUGCUGGCCGCUUGCAUGGUGAAGCCGAAAGACAAUUCAGUGCUAUUAUUGGCUGGAAGGCUUUGAAAGAAAGUGUUGAACAUUUCGGCCAAGAUUCGCCCGCUACGGUUCUGAAGCCCGAUUUAAGCGGUGGCAUUGAUCCUGAUGAUUACUUUAGCUCGGUCCCUUAUGAAAAGGGAUUCAAUCUCUUGUAUCAUAUUGAAAAGGUGGUGGGCGGUCCUGCCAUCUUUGAGCCUUACAUGAAAGCUCAUGUGAUUCGCUUUGCUGGUCAAUCGAUUACUACCGAUGAUUGGAUGAAGCACUUGUAUCAAUACUUUGAAGAAGCCCAUGGCAAGGAAAUGGUGGACAAGUUGAACACAAUCGAUUUCGACCGCUGGAUCAAUGGCACUGGUAUGCCCCCGGUCGAUCCCCACUUUGACACCACGUUGGCCGAUGCCUGCUACCACCUCGCUAAGCGAUGGGAUGAAGCUCGUGAAAGCAACGAUUUAUCCAGCUUCUCGGCCAAGGAUAUUGAACAAUUCAGCGCCACACAGAAGAUUGUCUUUUUGGAACGAUUGACGGAUUGUGCUCCUCUUCCUCAUCACUUGUUAGCCAAGAUGGAUGAACUUUACAAGAUGACACCUAUUCGCAACGCUGACGUUCGUUUCCGCUGGCAACAAUUGUGUGUGAUGGCAAGCUAUGAAGCCAUCUACCCCGAAAUUGUCGCCUUUGUCACUGAACAGGGCCGUAUGAAGUUUGUCCGUCCUCUUUAUCGUCUGUUGUACCGUGCCAAGAAUGGGGCUGAUUUGGCCCAGCAAACUUAUUUGAAGCACAAGCAAUUUUACCAUCCUAUUGCUGCCCAGCUUAUCGAAAAGGAUAUCGGCCUUAAGCAAUAA